AUGCCUCAUAAAUCAGUUAGAAGAACUCUAGGUAUUGAACCACCAGACCUCUACAGAGAACACUGGCAUCCGGAUCGCAAGAACAUUGAGCGCGAGAAAUGCAAAGUGUUCCGCAAAGAGCAGAAACUCCUGAUCUGCGAGCUUCAGGACGAUCUGCCGUCCUCGUCGUCUUAUACAACAACCACCUUGUCGUCCUCCUCUCCUAGAAAAUGGUCCUCUUUCUCUCCCAUCCGGCGGUUGUUCAAGAGGAGCAAACGCCACCGCAGAAGCCAAGCCACAUCCCAAGGGGACCGCUCCCGAUCCAAUAUGACUCCGCGGUACAAAAUUGUCGGCAAGAUCUACCCGUCAGACAAGUCGACUGGAGUCUUCAAAAGCGUGCCCGCUGGCUUCGUCCUCAUAGACAAGACUGGACGAUCAAGGGUGCCUUGCCAAAAUCUGGACAAACGCCUUCGACCGCUGUCGGAACUGAAAAGGGCCUAUCAUGGCGGUCGCCAGAGCUCGCAAACCGCGGCUGCUCCACGUCUCCGGCGAGUCGGCCACCCGAUUCCCGCGGUCAGCGUCGCUUCGUUCUCCUUGAGCGCCGCGUCAGAUGUAAUUGCGAGGAGUCAUUCCAUCCGCGUCACCGUCUUCGAGUCUUCUACAAGCUAG